CGCGCGAUGAGUCAUCAUUGGAAUUCAUUCAAGUCAAGUGUUGCGUCACAUGGCUGCUCAUAUAACUACACCUCUCUCACUCGAAAGUUAAUUCAUUCUCUGAUCUGACUUGGCGAGGAAAUACCUAAGACAUCUAACGUUACCAAUACACGCCACCGGAAUGAAUAGUUUUAUAUUAUUUAUUCUUUUGCACCUGGGGUUCAUGGUUUGCCAAGGAGCCAACCCCUGUUGCUCUCAGCCAUGUCAGAAUCGCGGCGUCUGUACUGAAAUGAGCUCCGACUCGUAUGAAUGUGACUGUACACGCACUGGAUAUUACGGUCAAAACUGCACAACACCCGAGUUUCUCACAUGGCUUAAAGUUUCUCUGAAGCCUUCUCCAAACACGGUGCAUUACAUUCUCACACACUUCAAAAGCUUGUGGAAUAUUGUCAACAACGUGUCGUUUUUGAGAAAUGGCAUAAUGCGAUACGUUCUAACAUCACGGGCCCAUCUGAUUGACAGCCCCCCUAUAUUCAAUGCUGACUAUGGUUACAAAAGCUGGGAAGCCUAUUCCAAUCUCUCCUACUACACUCGUACACUGCCUCCUGUCCCUCAAGAUUGCCCAACACCAAUGGGAGUUGCAGGUAAGAAAGAGCUGCCGGAUGUGAAGCUGCUGGCUGAGAAACUGCUUCUCAGGAGGAAGUUCAUUCCAGACCCUCAACGCACCAGUCUUAUGUUCGCUUUCUUUGCCCAACAUUUUACACACCAGUUCUUCAAAACUGACAUGAAGAAAGGACCAGCUUUCACGAAAGCCGUGAAUCAUGGGGUUGACUUGGGUCACAUAUAUGGACAGGACCUUGAACGCCAACACAAGCUGAGACUUUUUAAGGACGGCAAACUGAGAUAUAAGAUUGUGGAUGGUGAGGUUUAUCCUCCGACAGUCAAUGAGGUUCAAGUAGACAUGCACUACCCUCCUCAUAUACCUGAGUCCCGUCGUUUUGCCGUGGGUCACGAGGCCUUUGGACUGGUUCCCGGACUCAUGAUGUAUGCCACUAUCUGGCUGCGUGAACACAACCGAGUGUGUGAUAUACUAAAGCAGGAGCAUCCUGACUGGGAUGAUGAGAGGCUGUUUCAGACCUCACGGCUCAUCCUUAUUGGUGAGACAAUCAAAAUCGUGAUUGAAGAUUAUGUCCAGCACCUUAGUGGAUACCAUUUUAAGCUCAAGUUUGAUCCUGAACUUCUCUUCAACGAGCGUUUCCAGUACCAGAACAGGAUCGCCUCUGAGUUCAACACCCUUUACCACUGGCACCCCCUUAUGCCUAAUGAAUUUCACAUCCAGGACGAAGUCUACGAUUACAAGCAGUUUCUCUUUAACACAUCUAUACUGACAGACCAUGGCGUCAACAGCUUGGUUGAGUCCUUCACCAAACAGAUAGCUGGAAGGGUGGCUGGAGGGCGUAAUGUUGCACCGGCUGUAUUAAAGGUGGCCAUCAAGUCAAUUGAAGACAGCAGGCAAAUGCGCUACCAAUCUAUAAAUGCCUACAGGAAACGCUUUAACAUGAAGCCAUACAAAUCCUUUGAAGAAAUGACAGGAGAAAAGGAAAUGGCUGCUGAACUUGAAGAGAUGUAUGGAGAUGUGGAUGCUGUGGAGCUCUAUGCUGGUCUGCUGGUUGAGAAGCCCAGGGUCAAUGCCAUCUUUGGGGAGACCAUGGUGGAGAUGGGUGCCCCCUACUCCCUCAAAGGACUUUUGGGAAAUCCCAUCUGUUCCCCCGAGUACUGGAAACCAAGCACAUUUGGUGGCAAAGUGGGGUUUGAAAUUAUCAACACUGCCUCUCUGCAGAAAUUGGUUUGCAAUAAUGUCAAAGGGCCCUGCCCUAUGGCAUCCUUCUAUGUGCCUAAUGUAAAAGAUUCGGGACCAACCACUAUUAAUGCAAGUACUUCCCAUUCGGAUCAAAAUGUCAACCCGACAGUUUUACUGAAAGAACGGACAUCUGAGCUCUGAUAGAUGUAUUCUUUAAGAAAAUGUAUUAAUUAUUUAUUUAUUUAUUUAAAGUCUAUUUAUUAUAUUUAUUGUAAUGAGAACAUUAUCUUUUAAUUCCUAUUUUUGUAUUUUUGAUGACUAGUAUUGUACAAAUCUGAUGUUAUAUUUGUAACUAUUUAUUAAAUGUGUACAUGCAUUUAUUGUAAAAAAAAAAGUUUACAUUAGACCUCAGAUUUCAGCACUGCUGAUUAGCUUAUUCUGUCAUAUUGUCAUGAUUUUACUUGAAUCCCUUUUCUAGUUGUUUACACUGUUUAAAUGAAUGAACUUGUGUUGUUUGUUUACUGUCUGCCCUUUUUCUUCCUUUGUUUCUCUCAAUCUCCAUAAUGAAACAUCUCAAGAUCUCAGAAUAGUUUUCUUUCUAACAAAAUAUCUCACACACUGUUUUUUUUUUAAACUCUUAUGUUUAAUCUGAAAAAGUAUUGAUACUUGCUUGUUUUAUGCUUGAAAUUGACUUCAUGAAUAAAUUAAUCACAAUAAAUGUAAUAUUUUA